GUGACGUCAUUUCCCUUGUUCGCACUCUUCAAAUGUGAUUCUCGGCUCUAUCUCACACCGAAAAACCCUUUUAUAAUAGAAAUUUACGAGUUAUUUAGUAACUGAUAUAAUCUACAACUGUUACUUAUUCACAGUAAGUUAAUAUAAUCUAACGAAAUGAUCUUAUUUUAAUUAUAAAAUUACGCCUUAGAGCGCAAAAUGAUUAUCCCUAUUCGCUGCUUCACGUGUGGUAAAGUUAUUGGAAAUAAAUGGGAAAAUUAUCUUCAGCUACUUCAGUCAGAAUAUACAGAGGGAGAUGCAUUGGAUGCGUUAGGAUUAAGACGAUACUGCUGCCGACGAAUGUUACUUGGGCAUGUCGAUCUCAUUGAGAAACUUUUAAAUUAUGCUCCGUUAGAAAAAUAA